UCUCCCCGAUCGAUCCUCUCUCAUCCACCCACCGCGGCCGGCCGCCGCUAGCGUCGCCGGAGUUUGGUAGGUACAUGGUGCCUAGGUGGCGCGGCACGGGCUGCUGAUCGGAGGAUCGCUUCGGACCUGAGAAGGUCGCAUCCAUCUUUUUUUUCUGGCUUUCUGAUUGGGGAUCCGUCCAUGGGGUCGGAGGCGGGCGGGUACGAUUUUGACUUCCUCGGCGGCGGCGGGGGCGACGAGUACGAGGGGCGGGUGGCGGAGUGGGAGGCGGGGCUGCCGGGGUGCGACGAGCUGACCCCGCUCUCGCAGCCGCUGGUCCCGCCGGGGCUCGCCGCCGCGUUCCGCAUCCCGCCCGAGCCGGGGCGGACCCUUCUCGACGUGCACCGCGCGUCCUCCGCCACCGUCUCCCGCCUCCGCUCCUCGGGCUCCGGCUCCUCCCCCUCCGGCCCCAACGCCCCCGGCGGCGGCGGCGGCGGCUCCUUCCCCUCCUUCUCCAAGGGGGCCGGCGGCGACGGCAACACCAACAACUCGGCGGAGUCGGCGGGGGAGAAGACCGCCGCGAAGCGGGCGCGGCUGGUGUGGACGCCGCAGCUGCACAAGCGGUUCGUGGACGUGGUGGCGCACCUGGGCAUCAAGCACGCCGUGCCCAAGUCCAUCAUGCAGCUCAUGAACGUCGACGGCCUCAGCCGCGAGAACGUCGCCAGCCACCUGCAGAAGUACCGACUCUACGUCGCCAGGAUGCAGGGCAGCGCAUCCAGCGACCGCCCCUCGCCCUCCGACGACCACAUCUUCGCAUCCACCCCGGUUCCCCGCGAGCCCGUGCCCGCCGCGCCCAUGCCCCCGGCCGUCUACCACCACCCGGCGCCCAUGACCAUGGGCGGCAUCACCGGCGGCGGCCACAGUGGAUACUACCAGCACCAGCAGCACGCAGUCUACAACGGAUACGGCGGCGGUGGCGGCCACUCCUACCCGCACUACCACCACGGCGACCGGUAACGGCAGUCGUCAGAUUCCUUCAGUCAACAACAGAUGCUCUCUACCUCCUGCUGUAAUUGUAACCUGUAUAAUCCAUCCCUCAGUAAAUCAGUCGGUCUAGUGUAGCUGUGUGCGUGUCGAUGAGAUCGAAUUGCUACAAAUAUUGGCCAUGCAUGCAUGCUAGUAUAAUUUGUCACCCACAAGUCCAAGAUUAUUAACCUGGGGAGCUCAAGAUGAAGAAGCUCCCCAUUAGGGACUAUGGAGGGAUAAGAAGAGAGUAUGUCACUCACUCUGGGUUACCUAUAUAUACUGCUGUAAUAACUGCAUACAUCGCGCUGCCCCCAUUUUGGGCUAAUCAACAAGGAACUAGUAAGUAAUUCUAAUCUUA